AUGCGUGGGAAAAGUGCGACAGGUCGCAAGUGGGAGCAGGACGGACGAGCCUUGCAGUGUGCUGACGAUGAGCUGAAGAGGGACAGGAAGUUCCUCCUGAAGGCCCUGGCGAACCGACCCCAGGCCCUGGAUUUCGUGCACCAGUCCCUGCGUUUCGACCCCGAGCUUGUGAAGAUCGCACUCGGACAAGAGUAUCACCCACCAAAGUCGCCCACAUCUCCUAAGGAGAGGGCGCAGAGCCCGGGCUUCGCCCCGAAGCCGAAGCCUCGGACCCGACGCUCGAGGAGGGCGAUGUCGCUGGAGCGGAUGGAACGGGAAAGGCAACGCAAAGUGCAGCAGGCUCUGGAGCUGGCCAAGCAGCGCCCGCAUUCGGCUCCGGAGGAGGGAGCGGACGAGCUCAGGCCGGAGCCUGCGUCCGAACCGCCGGAAGGAUGA